CCUGCCUGAAACGCCUCGUGUAACCACACUCCCACGAAUGUACGUCAUUUUGUGGUAUGACCUGACUAAGACCGCCCAAAAGAAUACGCAAGUAAGGUGGGCGUACUUGUAAAUCUCAUUGUAUCGUCGCCGCAGCCAUGUCGUGGAGAUGCUGUGUGUUUCCUUGCGAAAAGAAAGCCUCUUUGUUUGCCCUUCUAAAAGAUGAGACAACUAAAAACGAAUGGUUACAUUUUAUUUACAAUACUGUUCUAAAAGAGUACAAUCCGAAUAUUCAAGUGUUUGCAGCGCAUUUCACAGAUGAUUGCUUCAUGAACCUGGGAGAGAUCAAGGCCAGCUGUGCACGAAAGCUUUGGUUAAAAAGUGGGGCAAUUCCAACCAUUACAACUUCGCAAGGACAGUCUGGUGCAGCCUCCCGUUCACAAGAUGGCUGCAAGCCCAGAGCCUCCAGCCAUCAUGGCCACCUCGCCAGUGGUUCUUCCAAGUCCGGUGGUCCCGGAGGCGUCAGUUACUGAGGUUCUGCCCUUGGAGUCUGCUCUGCCGGUGGCUGUUGCUGCCUUGAUGUGUGUCUGGGCUGUGCGCUGUUCAUCUGCACCAGAGGUUGUUUCUGAACCCACUGAGUUUCCUGCCUUGUCCAAGAUGGCUGCAUCCGAGCUCCCUGCCUUAUCCAAGAUGGCUGCAUCCAAGCUCUCUGCCUCAUCCAAGAUGGCCGCAUCUGCGCCUCCCUGGUUUCCAGCCCUGCCUGCGCCUCCCUGGCUUGCAGACCAGCCUGCGCCUCCCUGGCCGCCUGCCCAGUCUGCGCCUCUGCUCCACGGCUCAGGCCUGCUUCUGCUCCACGGCCCUGGCCCUGUUCCCCUUAAUGGUCCUGCCCUACACGUAACACUGUCAAAUCCAUAAAUAUAAAUGUCGCUUAACAACAUAAAUGCGCGUUAACAUACAGUACUUUAACUUUAACAAAUACAGUAUAUUCUCUCCGUACGAUUGGUAUUAUUGCAAAUUGUUCUGGAAUAUUAUAAUUUUAGGUUCCCAGUCCUGAUAACGAUAUUUAAAAACAAUAAUAUACCUAAAUUACAUAUACUUCAAAUGAAUAAUUGACAGUUUCUGACAAUCCAAUAGAGCAUUUAUUUAAGUUAAGUUUCAUCGGGGUACAUUGCAUUGAGAAAACUUGCAAAAAAAACACGUAUCUUAACACCAUAUACUCUGUUUAAUUAUUCCCCUAGUAUUGUUAUUAUUUUUUUAAU